CAAUCGAUGCACCCGUCACGAUCGGGUAAUGACAGUCGUGCUGCCGCCUUCCGUGAUGGCGGAUGUGCGCGGCGUGGGUGAACAGAUUCGCACAACAAAGGGAUCUCACUUGCGACUUUUAUUCCUCUUCAGCACAGAUCUCAAGCACCACUGAGCAUUCCUCUCUAGGACCUGCGAAGUCAGAAAUGAAGAACUUGGAUUCAAACCAUUCUUUUCCCAUGGACAAAAAAACCCUGCAUAAUAUGGGUUUGGUUAACUACACAGAUUCCGAUUCUGAUGAAUCCCAAGAGCUAUCCAUAAAUCUUUACCAAAGUACUAUCCCAAAGCUCAGGAGAACUAAAUGUAUGCAGGUCAACAGCACACUUAGCCGAUAUCAGGUGGAAAAUGAAGUUGAUGGUAAUGGAGAGCUUCUUUACUCCACCUCAGAGGACAGUGGAGAUAAAUAUAUUCCAGACACAAGUGAGGAAUCAGAUGCGAGUGAAGGUUUGCAAUGUGUCGACUCUCUCUUUAAGAAGGAUAUAAUCAAAGAUUUGUCUCACCUUACAAAUACAUCAAAAGCCUCCUCGAUGCCAUCUGUUAAAAGAGGGCGUCCACCUGUUAGGAGGAGUAGCUCUGGUUCGAUGCGUGAAAGGAAAUGUUUGAAAAGUGUGCAUCAUCACUCCCCACCAUCCAGUCAGGCUGACUCAAUAAACCAGAGUGGAGUAGGUGAUGUUGCUUCUCCUUUAAAGAAUUCAACGAUGGGUUUUGACCAGGACCAAAUUUCUCCUGAUAGUUCCUCUUCUCUUCUUACAAAUACAAAUUCUGGUGGUCGACUUUGCGUACUUGCUGCAAGCAAAAAAAACAACGGGUCAAGAUGUUACAAUAAGAAACAGUACUGUUUGUACUGCAAGCUGGGAGUUGUAAAAUUUGCGAGGCAUCUAAAGCGGGCACAUUCAGAUGAGUCAGAGGUUGCACAGGCUUUUGCUUUCAAUAAAGGCUCCAAAGAAAGGCGGCUCCAUCUGGAACAGCUGAGAAACAGGGGUAACUUUGCCCACAAUGUUGAUGUCCUAAAUUCUGGGGUGGGUAACCUUGUUCCUCGCAAGCAGCCAAGACAUGAUUCAAAUGCACAGGAUUUCUUACAUUGUGCCUAUUGUCAAGGAUUUUUCGCCAGAAAACUCCUUUGGAAACACAUGGCAAUUUGCAAGCUGAGGCCCUGUGAACCUCACAGGCCAGGUAAAACCCGUGUCCAGGCCCUGUGUGCAUUUAGUACGCUUGCUCCACCUGAUGUCAAGCAGGACUUAUGGAAACUGUUAAGCAACAUGGUCCAAGAUGAUGUUUCAUCAGCAGUUAAAAAAGACAUCUGUAUCUUGGAGUACGGUGACCAUCUUUACAACCGACUGGGGCAUGAUCCAGACAAACAUGAAUAUAUUAGGCAGAAAUUAAGAGAACUUGGACGACUUCUGCUUUGUUCUAGAAAAACGACUUCAAUGAAGACAAUACAAGAACACAUUCAACCAUCCAAUUUCAUGAAUGUUGUCCAGGCUGUAAAAGAGCUGGCAGGCUAUGAUGGCAGAACCGGUGCUUACAAGCGUCCAAGUCUUGCUCUCAAAAUUGGAUACAGCCUUACGAAGAUAUCAAUGCUUGUUGAAAGUCGUGCCAAUUUACAAAAAGACUACAGUGCUGCCAAAGAAGCUCGCACAUUUCGCAAAGUGUAUGAAACACGCUGGAACGAAAAUAUUUCAGCUGCAUCGCUGAGGACACUGCACGAAUCCAGGUGGAACCAGCCUCAACUACUUCCUUUCACCAAGGAUGUCCAAACCCUCCACUGUUAUUUGGAUGAGAAACAGAAGCAUUUCAGCGCUAAACUAUCAACCGAGAUCUCCGCUCAGUCGUGGUCACAGCUGGCCAAGGUCACAUUGACGCAGGUCAUUCUUUUUAACCGACGAAGAGCUGGAGAGGUGUCUAAGAUGCCAAUGACUGCAUACUUGUCUAACAAUACUACAGACCUUCAGGAUGACAUUUUGGAAGCCCUGACAUCUCUUGAAAAGAAACUAUGCCAACAUUUCAGACGGAUCGAGAUCAGGGGGAAAAGAGGAAGAAAGGUUCCUGUGCUUCUAACCCCAGCAAUGCAGCACACCUUGGACUCACUUACCAGCAAACGGCAAGAAUGUGGGGUUCCUCAGGAAAAUGGAUACCUGUUUGCAAGACCAUUUGCUUUGACAUGCUACAGAGGUUCUGACUCUCUAAGAUAUUAUGCCCAGGCCUGUGGCGCAAAAAGUUCCGAAAGUCUCGCCUCAACAAAGCUUCGCAAACAAACAGGAACUCUCUCACAAGUUCUGAACCUUAGCUAGCUGGUUUCCUUGGUCACGAUAUAAGAGUACAUCGGCAGUUUUACAGGCUUCCUGAGGGUACUCUCCAGCUUGCUAAAAUAAGCAAAGUACUUCUGGCCCUGGAAAAAGGACGUCUGAAGGAUUUCAAGGGCAAGUCCUUGGAUGACAUAAGCAUUGAUCCUGAGGGUAAUAUAUAUUUAUAAAAAAUUAUUUUUUCAUCUAUCGUCUACUGUUGAAAGAGAAUGCACUGUUUCAUUAUUUUCGAGCAUUUCUGCACCAUUUAAAAUCUAAAAGCAAUGGACAUUCUCGUUCAUUCCCAUACAGAGAAUGUGCACACUGAUAGUGAUUCUAACAGUGACCCUGAAAGCGAACCUGACGAAGCGUGCAGGUCAACGACUGAAGGUAGGAUUUGACAUAAGACAUCUUGAUAUUUGAGGAUGUUUGCAUUCAGCUAAAACCUGAAUUAGUGGCACUACAUGAUAUGAAUACCUGUCUACAUCAGUCGGAGCAUGUUUGGUAUUGUUAUAAAACUCAAUGUAUGCUGUACAAAUUUAUAAUAAAUCCACAGAACAGCUAUCCAUCUCCCUACCAAUUAUCGGCGCUGAUAUUUGAAAAUUUGACGUAUAUCGGUAUCUGCCUUUUUUAAAUCCGACCGGUCGAUAUCAAACAAAUCAAUUUGAAACUAGGGAUGUCCCAAUCCGAUCGCGCCAUUUUCAGAGGAUCAGAAUCAGGUGUCCCUGGGCGUUCUCCUGCCUCCGCCUUCCCCUCUCUUCUCUGGCUGGGCGUCCGCCCUGCGCUCCGUCGCGGGUCGCUGGCUGGGCGCCGGUGUAUCAGCUGGGUGUCGCCUGCACCGGCGGGGGACCCUGCCUUGCCUGGGGCUUGGUGGGCCGCUGGGGGCCCCGUGGCGUGCCGUGCCGGUUGGGGGGCUGUGGCUGUGGCUCGUGGUCCGGGUGGGCGGGCGGGGGUGGGUGUAGGCGUGGGGUUGGUGAUGCGUCCCCUCCUGCCAUCCCUGAAGGCCGGUUGAUGGGCGCGCGGGUGGCCCGGGGGACCACCCUGGGUCCCGGGGGGGGGUGACGGUGGCUCCUUUGCUGGGCGGUUGGAGGAGGGAUGGGCUGCGCGUGGAUCCCCCCGCCCCCCCGCCCGCCCUCCCUCCCCGGGCUGGCUGGGUGUGGGCCGUGGCCCUGGGUUGGUGCCCGCGCGGUCUCUCCGCCCGUCUGCGUGGCUGUCGCGCGCCCGGUGGGGCUUGCGUGCUGCUGGAUGUGGUAGGGCAUGCUCGGGUUGGGGGUUCCGGUGCCGGGAUUGGCGAUGCGGCGGCGUAGGGUUGGUCGCCAACGGGCUUUCACUCAUAAGAGAUUCACACGAUUACUGGGUUCUAGAUCACAGAACUGAUUUGUGUACACUCUACCCCUUUCAAUCACUUAGUUUAUAGUCUUAUAGACACCCCCACCCCCAUUCUCCUCUUUCACUGGCCAAUAGGCCCCCACAUGGUGUAAACCGGAAAUACAUCUCGCUGACGAUAGCACCAGCAUAUUAGUAACUAGUUUAGAUGUUCAAUGUAUUUCUUGUUGUUGUUUGUGUAUGUGUUUCUUUUCUUUCUUCUCUUGUAUUUCUUUUCUUCUGUCCCCCCAUAAUCCCUUCCUGUUCGCUGCUUUGUCAUAAUAAAAAGGUAUUUUGAAUCAUCACAAUGGGAGUAUGUCAGACUCUCAAUGUGAAACAUUAAAACUGUUCAGAAUCCGGGCACUUAGACUUCCAUUCUCUGUGUCAAACAGCUGAACAGGACAGGUUUUAAAAAAAAAAAAAAAAAAAAAAAAAAAAGAA